UUAAACUUUGUCAAUUUUAUACCAACCAAAGAGAUACAAACAGAGUUUCAUAUUUUAUAUCAUACUGGAAAUUUUACUUUGACCUUAUUAAAACCAAAAUGGCCUGUAACGAAAAUAUAAUUAAGAACAUAGCUAAUGAAGUGACUAGAAACUGCCAGUCGCACAAUGUUACUGUGGACCCUGAGUUCGUGAUAUAUUUGAUAGACUUGCUGCUCCUCAACCCGAAGUAUGGCAAGCUUUUUUCCAAGACUAUAAACAGGAACAACCUGCAGUACUUUGUUGAGGAGUGUGUUAAUAUGCUGGUUGCUGGAGACACCUCAAUAAACACGUUGAAGAUGCAGUUCAUCAUACAAACGAACUACGACAAGUUGCAGAACUUGAUCGACAAGCACCUAGAUUCCAUCAACAACUGUCUACGGCCGCUGGUGAACGAGAUCGUCGAGGAAGACCCCGAGCCCAGCGACGAGGCUGCCUUCAAGAAGUUGUUUAGAAAGAUUUCUAUUUACAUUAUAUUGGCAAGUGGAUUGGGGAACCCAGGGGUUAUUUUGACAUUGAAAGAAGGCAUGGCUGCACUGGAAAGUGUGUUCUCUCUGGACGAUCUGAAGGUAUUCGUUGCUUUGCCGCGGGCUGAGAAAUUGGCGCAGCUGAAUGAGCUGAUGGAGACCGUGUCUGGCGUGCGGCUGUUCAACAGGGACUGCAAGAAAGGUGGAGAAGGGAUACCUGAUUUGCCAUUCAACCUAGUAGAUGCGGGGAAGGCGUGCCUAACGUCACUGUCUAACUCUCUCAUCACCGUGAUGCAACGAGUGAACACGCUUACCACGGCUAUAGAAGAUACCAUUCUCAUACAAGAGGAGACGGGCAACGUGUUGAUCGAUGUCAAGCCGAACGUUGGGAUGAGCAUAGAGGACUACAAGCGCAUAUUCGAGCUGCUAGCGUUCAACCGUCAAUACGAAGUGUUCAUACGGAAGCUGCUAUCUGACGUGGAAACCAUGGUGCAAAAAGGCACCCGCUACGUGGACAAAGUGAAGAGUGCGCUCGAAGAACUCCAUUCCGCAGUCAAAUACAAGGCCGCUGUGCCUGUUGUUACUGUGUUUCCCCUGUUCUCGAAGCUGUGGCAAGUGUGGCGCUCGAUGCAGAACGUGAUGUAUCUAGUGUCUACCGUUAACCGACUCAUGUCGAUCCUGGCGGGUAUACAGGACCAAAUCAAGAUACCCUACAACGUGGUCGACAAGAUGGUCAGCGGGAAGAAGAUUGUUUCUGAUCAGGACCGUAUGAGCGGGCGAGUCACCGUUGAAGAGAGAUUGUCGCUGGGCGCUCUGAAGAACUACGUAGCUUACAACGACAGCUUCAUGAGCGUCGACGAGAAACAUGUUCAAUUUCUAGGUUUCUGCGCUCUGUGUCUGACUGUAGGCGCUCUCGUCCCCAGCAAUAUGAAGGUGGGUCUGAUCAGGUCGAACGGAAGCCGCUACGGAUUCUGCAGCGUGAAGAUGGCUGCGAGAUUCAGUAAGGAUCCUAACAGGUAUGUGAACGAAGUCCUAGACUACGCCAGAAACAAUCCUCACGUAAUAAAUCUGCUGAACAUCGUCGAGGAAGUGUACCGGGUGAAGGACAUUGACAAUUUGGUCACCAAAUACGUUCCCAAAACCAAAGUAUCUGAUAAAGACAUACAAACAGAAACACAUCCAAUAGCGGAGCACAUCGAAAAGGAUUACACCUGGGACUUGUGGGAGUGGAAAAGACGAGCUUGCAAAUGGGCAUCCAUCGUAAAUAGUCGUACGCACUCAACACAAACGGACUACAGUCAUCUACGUUCCGAGAUCCACUGCCAGACGUAUGAGCUGCGAGACAAGUGCCUACAAACGAAGCGGGAUGCCGGCAUAAACACUACAACUUACAACAGCUUCCUACGGGGGUUGCGCGGGCAGAGGGGGGAUGGACAGCACACGAUGGAUCUAAGGGUUCAACACUCGCCUGAGACGAAGAAAGGUAAUCCCGUAUCCGUCUGUACGUGGCCAUGCGUCGGUCGGAAAGUGUCGGAUGUUUCCACUUCCGAACAAAGUGAAGAAGACUUCUACAAAUCAUGAAUUAUUUGCUUUAUAAUAUCAAUAUGUUAAUCUAUCUUUGGAAAUAUAUACGAUAUUAGAAUAAUAAA